AUGGUGCUCUGGCUACUUGCCAUGCACAAACUGAGUGUUGGGGGUCCGGUUUGUUCUUACCAUAACGAUUAUGCCCGUGGUCGAAGAACAAAAAUCCAACCAAAUCCAAAUUACAAAACAGACCCUCAGCACUCAGCACCGCAAGAUAACAACCGCCCUCUACCAAUGACUUCUCGACCCGUCUCCGGACGUGCCUCUGUCGAUGUGAAUUCUCAGAGCUGUGAUUGUGAGGUGGGAAGACUCCAAGGUGUUGGUCUUAAAGUCAGUAUGCCCCAGUCUUCCGAGCUUCUCGUCUCCAUUUUGGGAAGAUGGACCACGAUCAAGAUUGAACUGUGUACUGCUGUUUCAGCGAUCCUAGAAAGAUUACAGCUGGCGCCGUCUUCGAAGACCCCGCGGUCCAAAUUCCCCGAACUGUAA